CCUAAGUAGGGUCUAGCUAGCUUAGCUCGGAACUGGACUGCUAAAUGUCUGCAUGGAAAACUGUAAUACACAUCUAUCUUCAAGAAUAUUUAGUACAUAUCAGUGAUAUUAACGGAAUAAAUCAGAAUGGCUGUCAAGUAUCUAAACAAAGACCAUAUCAACGGAUUUGAUAAAUACAAGUAUAGCAGCAGGGAUACAUCACCUGUAGCUGUCUAUGUUAUGCAUCCAUUUUGGAAUGCAGUUGUCAAGUUCUAUCCUAUGUGGUUGGCUCCAAACCUACUAACCUUUGUUGGGUUCCUGUUCCAAGUCUACUUAUUCCUGCUCCUGGCCUAUUAUGACUGGGACUACUACAGUGGUAACAGGACCAAGGCUGAGUACCCAACCAUUCCUAAUUGGGUCUGGUAUGUAGCUGCUGUCUGCCAGUUCCUGGGACAUACGUUAGAUGGUACAGAUGGAAAGCAAGCUCGGAGAACUGGCUCAAGCACGCCACUGGGGGAGCUGUUUGACCAUGGAAGCGACAGCAUCCUGUGUGCUCUCAUGCCUCUCGGACUCUUCUCCAUCUUUGGGAAGGGGAUGGAUGAUUAUGGAGGCUCUAGCUGGAUAUUCUUUGCGGUACAAUGGCAUGUUAUCGGAUGCUUCUUCGUCUCUCAUUGGGAAAAGUACCUGACUGGUGUUCUCUUUCUGCCCUGGAGCUAUGACUUUAGUCAGGUGUCCAUUGUUAUAGUCUACCUGUUGACUGGGACGUUUGGCUUUGAAGUCUGGAAAAUUACCCUUCCUUAUGGAAUUCAGUUCAACUACUUCUUUCUUGGGCUAGUAUGUGCUGGUGCAGUAGUAUUUUCAUUACCACAAAGCAUCUACAAUAUAGUCAGGUCAUUCCAAACUGGAUCUGGGAAGAGGCGUUCAUUGAGUGAAGCCGCGACACCUCUCAUCUCCAUGCUAGCUCUCUUUGGGAUCUCAACCUUCUGGGGUCUCUUCUCACCGACUGAUGUCUUAGAGUAUCAUACCAGGAUAUACCUACUCGCUGUCUCCACUGUCUUCUCAAAUAUAACGGUGCGAUUGAUUAUAAGUCAGAUGUCUGAUACCUUAGCGUGUCUAAACAACUUUCUCUUGAUGCUGUUUGGAGGGGCAGCCGUUGCAGUGUGUGUAUUAGGUAUAGCAGAGCACGAGGUUCUCAUUCUUCAUGGUCUGUUUGCUAUCAUACUACUCCUGCAUUUCCAUUACCUGGUGACAGUGGUUAAUCAGCUAAGUGAUCACUUCAACAUCUAUGCCUUCUCUAUCACCUCGCGUCCUAGACAAAAAAACCAUGUCAAAUGAGCUGAGACAACGUCUGUGAUUGGUCAAUACUCAGGUGCCAAGGGCUAUGUGGCAAUCAACUGCAGACCUAUAGCCAAUCAGAAACGAGCUUUCUGCAGUCACUUUUUAACAUGUGUUCAUGAUCAAGGUUGCUGCAUUUACUUUUUAAAAAGGGACUGUACUUGGUAAGAGGUAGUUUCGCAUGGUGAGAGAGUUGAAUAGCCAGCCACACCGAAGGUUUCUGUUGUAACUCGUUUAAAGGGACACUUAAAGCAAACCAGGAACAGUGUCUCUUUAAUUAAUCUCUUCAAGAAGUUUUAAUGGAAAACUUAUCAUGAUCAUUUUUGUUGUUGUUGUUGUUCGUACAAGCCGAUCACUAUCAAGAUUUCUGCAUUUACAUGUACUUGAUAAAAAGUUGCCAUUUGCCAAUCAAGAACAAUGUUGGUGCAUUUCAUUAACAAACUAAAAGAAGAGAGCCAAUCAGACUUGAGCUUUCUUCUGAUGAUUUGAUAAGAGGGGUUCAUUGACCAAUGAGGUUCAGGGUUUCUUCUGAUAAUUUGAUAAGAGGGGUGCAUUGACCAAUGAGGUUCAGGGUUUCUUCUGUACAUGAUGGAAAGGGGUUACAUUUGCUUUUUGUGGAACAGAAUUUGCAAUUAAUUACUUUGUAAGGUAAAAUUUGAUCAGAAGUAUUUACUGGUAAUGUUUUUAUAGUCAUAUUCAUUUACAUUAAAUGAAUAACACUUGAUAUCAAUAUAAAUGAAUAUAAAGACAUUACCAGUAUUUAUUUCACGACAAAUUUUAACUUUAAGAAUUUUUUUCUUGUGAAAAUGAUUUUCGAAAUUCAAAUUAGGGGUUGUAUCUUUUUUGUCCAUUGUUGCAUGUGAGUUAAGGUGACUUUCAGGGUAACAACCUGGAUCUGCCACGUGCUGCUGAAUCUUUCCUCGUCACCUAGUGUUAGUCUGUUUUUACUUUUGUAUCUAGCUGUAGUUUUAUAGUUCCCUGAUGGUAAAAUGCCUAAAUCAUUCAAGUUAAUUAGCUCAUCUUGAUUCUUGUAUCAUCGCUUACAGUAUUAUGUUAACGUGUUGAGCAGUAUCCCCUUUUUCUAAAGCUUCUUAUUUAAAUUGUUGUAUAAACCGUCCAAUUCUUUGUUUAAUUUAUUUUCUUCUUUUUUGUUGGGGGGGGGGGGGGGGGGUGUAAUCAUAAUAAUCUUGGAGGUUAGGAUGGUGCAAUGUUUGUAUUUUGUCUGUCUGUGUGUAUGUCACAGUGAUGUAUUUUUUAUGUUUUUCAUCAGCUAUGCUCAAAGUGCAUGACUUUGUUUUUGUUCAUUUGUACCAAAUAAUUUGUUUUUCCUCAAAGAAGACAAGACAAGAUAAGAUCGAUAGGUAGCUCUUUUAUAGUGUGUUCUUCACUUGUUUGGAGGUGAUUUUUGUCCAAGUUUGAAUUGGUAUCUUAUUAUACAGUUGGUUGUAGGAAUUGACAAUGAAACCAAACCAUCCGUAAUUCCAUGUUUUGAUGUUUCGCAAUGUUUAUGUUCCAGUAAAACUGGUUAUCCCUAGAUUUAAUGCAGAUACAUGAUACCGGUAGGGAGGAAUUCCUUAAAUGCUGUGAGCGUCGAAACCGGCAGCCUAGCAUAGCAGGGUAAUGCUGGAGCGCCUUGAGGACCUUGCAAGGUCGAUACGUGCGCUAUAUAAGGAUCCAAUAUUAUUAUUAUUAUUAUUAUUAUUAUUAUUAUUAUUAUUAUUAUUAUCAUUAUUUGAAUAAAAAAAUGCUCUGAUUGCCUCAUUCGCAUGCUGCCCUCUCUGCAAUGCUUUAAGUGCCAACUUGUACAUACUUCAGUUUACUAAAAUUGCUGCUACAUAUGAACUUUAUAUUCAUGUACUAAUGGACUAAUGCCACAGUACAUAUACCUUUGUUAUCGUACUAAUUCCAUUUUUAAAGAUAUUUAGUGCUUCUAAAUACAUCGUCUGCUAUGUAAUUUUUCUCUUAACUUCAGUUUUAAAAAUGAAUGUGAUAUUCCUUUCCCAGCAAUCAAUGAAAUGCAGUAGGCAAUAGGCAAAUCAAAAUAGUGAUGAUUGAUAUGGAAACAAUGCAGUCGUAUGUUUCUUGGGAAUAAGGACAAUUGAAAAAACAAAAAAACAAAAAAACAAAACAAAGCUGAGCUCCAUAGAGACUGUUAAAGCAUGUGAUAGUGUAUACAAACACAAAAAAUACUGUUAUUUGAAAUCAUGGCCAGAGACGUAAUUAUUUAAAUCCCGUAUUUGCUCAAUUUCCCACCCCAAAAAACUAAAUUUGGAGAUUUUUUUUGUAAUGAUGAACUGAACUCAUAAAUUGUGUUUUGGGUUUACAUUUAUCUGCUAGAUUUUUCUCAUUUCAUGUUGGACUGUAAUUUGGCCUGAUUGUUCUAUGAGCUGCUGUUGCAUGAUUGCAUGUGGCUUUCGCUGUAUACGUGCUUUCAAUAAAAGAUUGAAUUUUUGGGAUAAAA